CAGAGGGAAGAUACAGCCCUGUCGACUCCAUAUACACUCGAAAAGAUUUUCGGCUUUUUGGCCGAUCACCUUUUUCGUCCCGGGUUGGCAGACAGAAAACCCGAAACACCAUACCGCCUGCAGGAAACUAGUCAUGGCCGGGGCUGAACCCCCGUACUUGCCUGUAGGUACAGACGUCAGUGCUAAAUACAGGGGAGCCUUCUGUGAAGCUAAAGUUAAGAAAAUUGUCAAAUCCGUCAAAUGCAAGGUUACUUUAAAAGAUAUGAGUGGUUCAGUAGUUGUUACUGAUGAAUUUGUUAAGGGACCAUUGAAGCUUGGAGCAACAGUUGAGAUUAAGCAUCCUGAAACUGGUGAUAUUGUUGAAGGAGUUAUUAGUAAAUUGACAGAUUCUUCUAUGUACACAGUUGUUUUUGAUGACGCUGAUGAGCGUACAUUAAGAAGAACGCAAUUGUGUUUAAAGGGCGAAAAACAUUUCAUUGAGAGUGAGACUUUAGAUAAUCUUCCCCUAUCCCAUCCAGAACAUUUUGGUACACCCGUCAUGCAAAGUAACAAGGAAAAAAAAAAGAGGCGCUCUUUAAGAGACCCUGAAGAUGAGGAGUCAGAAGUGAGCAGUGCUGAGAGUGACAUGCCGGUCACCAAACGGGCAAACUACAAGGGGAAAAACCGAGAACUUGUGGGAAAGGUGAUGUACAUAGAGGUGGGUGACAAGAAGAAGAUGACAGCUGUACCAGUGCUGGUGGCCCUGCCUGAUGCUCAUUCCACAGAGCUGCGCACCAAGGACCACCUUUUAGUCCGCUCCUUCAAAGACAGUAAAUAUUUAUCGGUGUCCAGAAGGGAACUAAAGGAAUUUGUCAGGGAAGUGGCAUUAAAGAAUGAAGACAAAGCUAUGAAAAGUGCUAUGGAGAAGGCCCUGUUAUAUUAUGACAGCGGCGAGCCUCCAGCGACUUGGAACAAGGAGGAGUUAUUAGGUUACGAGACAGAAGUGGAUGAAGGGGCAGAUGAUGAUUCGUCUGAUGAUGAGCCUAGUGAAGAGAAAGACAGAUUUGUGGCUCAGCUCUAUAAGUUUAUGGAUGAUAGAGGAACCCCCAUUAAUAAGGCCCCAAGCAUUGGAAGCAAGGAUCUGAACCUGUACAAACUGUUCAAGGUUGUGCAGACUAUUGGUGGAUAUAACAGGGUAACAAACACCAUGCGUUGGCGUCUUGUCUACUCAAAGAUGAAUCUCCCUCAGUCAAAUUCGGCAUCUGCACAAAUCAAGAAUGCCUACAAAAAGUAUUUACACGCCUUUGAGGAUUUUUACCGUAAACUAGGCAGCACAAUGGGCACGAUCAGUCGGCCCGGAAGGAGUCGCCACAGCUCUAACCGAUCCUUGUUCAGGGAAACGCAGAGGAAGUCUGAUGAUAUUAUGAUGUCUCCAAAGGAACGCAAGACCCCGGUGAAAGAGGUAAAGGGGAAAGAAUUGGAACGCCGCAGUAAAGACACGCCCGAGAGAGGCCGGGCCAGUGCAGAGCCAGAGAGCGAUUCCCGACGACAAUUGGACAGCAUCAAGAAGGAACUGUCAGAGAGUUUCAAAUCAGAACCUGAGGAGAAAUCAGAGGAGGUGCGGGAAAAGAGAGACCUGCGGGAAACAAAGGAGAGGAAAGGCACCCAGCGUGAAGAGGAGGAACGCAGAGAGGAUGUGAAGAGGGACCCCAGCGAGGAGGACCGGGGACUCAAGGCCACCCGCAAACGUGCCAGAGCUGCUGCCUCGGCAGCUGGGUCUACUGCCAGUGUCACGCCCGGUCGAAAAUCUCCUCGUGUUGAUGAGGGGAGGAAGGAGGAUGAGAAAGAUGAAGACAUAGAAGUAGUGAAAAAGGAGGAGAAGAAGGAGGAAAAGAAGGACACAAGAAGGAAGAUGAAGGAAAAGAGCAAGGAGAAGGAGGAAGUGAAGAGCAAGGCUGAGGAGAAGGAGGAAGUAGAUGAAUCGGAGGAGAAGGCAGAUGCAGAGGUUGAUGAUGGAGAUGUGCUACCAUCAGCAACAAAGCUGAAGGUUAAAUAUGGCCGAGGUAGAAAUCAGAAGAUCUAUGAAGCCAAGGUUGUGGAAGCGAGUACAGAGGAUGGAUCUCUCCAGUACCUGGUUCAUUAUGCUGGUUGGAACAUGAGGUAUGAUGAAUGGGUGAAACCUGACAGGAUUGUCAAGAUAGUGGAUAAACCAGACACAGGCAAGAAAGCGAACAAGACAAAGACGACACCAACACCGCAGUCCCCUAAGGGUCAGCAGCAGCAGCAACAGACACCCCCUGUGAAGAAGCGAGGGCGACCCAGCUCUGUCACACCCACACGCCCCGGUGGGGCUGACACGAAGUCUCAUAAAAGCCGUUCCCCGGCUCCUACAGGCUCAGCCAAGAGUCGCCCCACCCGGUCAAACUCACUGGAGGUCCCCGUCAUGCCUCUACCUAGUAAAGCUCGUCGCACUCGCAGAAGUUCAGGUUACACAGAGUCCUCAGAUGUACAAUCCCACGCCUCAGAAAGUGAGGAGAGUGAGAUGUCAUUUGAGGAGAAGAGUAAGGAAGAGGAGUGUGCUGACUUGGAAGAGACGGCUGUAAAGGUGGAGCCUGAGGAGGAAGAGGAGGAGCAACCGGCCCCGCCCCCUGUUGAUAAUCUCACACAAACACCUGCCAGUAAACUCUUUACCUCGGGGGAGACUCUUAAACCCGCGUUUGAGGUCAAGCAGGAACCCACAGUGGACAAGUUGGAUAAAGCAGAGGAUGUGCCGUCCCAGCAAGACAAAGACCUGCCAGCGCAGAAAGAGACAAAGAAAACCGAAGAGCACAGAGUGAAAAAGGGGAACAACUCUGGCUCAUCAAGUCAGAAGGCUGAAGUUAGACCUGCACCUAAGGAGGCUGUGAUUCCCAGCGACAGUGCCCAGAUCAGCGAGAGUAAAAAACCACUAACUGAAAAGCCAACAGAGAAAUCAGCUGUGGUUGUGGUGCCUAAGUCCCCUGUUCAGGAGAAAAUCGAGUCCAGCAUAAAUGACGCCCAAAAAUUCACACCUGACAAAAUAGGGAAGGGCAAAGGGCUGGAAGAGCCUGUAUCUGAGAAGAUCAGGGACGUGAGAUCUUUGGAGAUACCAGAGAACAGGCAAGAUUCCGGGUCUGAUGACGAAAGUUUCAGCAAAGUACCAGUCAUUGUGAAGGAGGGAGACAGGAAGCUGCCUCAAGCCGAAAUGGCAGAGUUUGAGAAACCCCCAACAUUAGUCAAGGCUGUUAGUUUAACAGAUAUGUCUACUAGCCAAGAGAAAUCUGACGCGAAAUCACGAACCAGGAAACCCAAGGAAAACAAGAAGGGGAGGUCCUCUGGCUUUGAAUUGCUGCCAGUUAUGCCAGAGCCAAUGUGUGAAUCUGCACCUGUGGUGAGGGAAAAUGUGUCUGCUGCACCUGUGAUGAAAGAUAAGUUAGCAGAGAAACGACCGCGUGAAGGCUCAGCCGUCCAGUCUGUACAGGAACCACUCCUAGAGCCGCAGGUAAAGCGAGAAAGGAGAGAUGAAGCAAUGGAAAAGUCCUCUGAGGAAAAGUCUGAUGGACUGGAAAUACAAACCAAGGACGAAAAUGAGAAGAAAAAGGUGAAGAAAAAACUGAAAAAGAAGCAGCAUUUGGAAGAGAAGGGUGAGCAUGAGCAGCAGAGGCAAGAAAAUGAGGGUAUCAAGAAAGAUGGCACAAUCAAAGAGAAGAAAGUGAAGGAUGGUUCCAAGAAAGACUCUUCCAAACUGGGAAAGUCUGGCAAAGACAAGCUCAGCAAGAAAGAGAGAAAAGCAAAGAAGAAAAAUAAACACAGAGAAAAUGAAGCGGAAAAGGUAAAAGAUAAUUCUUCCAGCGAUCUGUCAAAUGAUAGUCUCAGAAAGUUGGUGGCUGAGGUGCUAAGUGGGAAGACAGAAAAGUGUGAGUCUGUCAGUCCAGAGUGGGUGGUCCCCUCCUCUCCCACUGUGUCCACCCCUCCAGUGGUUGCUACUGCCUCUGCCUCUUCCUCCUCAUCAUCAGUUCUGUCCUCUGCCAGUGCUAACCCCCAUACCAAAGACUCUACUGUCACAGCCAGCACAGUACCCCAGCCUUCCCCAGCCAUUCCUGCACCCCCUAGGCACCCCACCCCACCUCGUGAAGACCCACAGCCCUCUGUCAGCAGUAUUCUGAUGGACAACACCCCGCCCACCACACCGGAACAUGAGUCUGGUGACGCCCCAGAAGCACCCCCCGACAACCUCCAGCUGUCAAUAGACCGGGCAGUAUCACGGACAAUGGCGGAGGCUAACCUGGAGUCUGGGACGACAGAAAGGCUUCCGGCAGGAGGGGAAUCCCCCAGUGGUGGUGAGGGCAGCACAACCUCCAACGAGAGUGGUAGUAGUGGGAAUAUGCCAAGCUCUGAGAGUAGCAAUGAUAUGCUCCUGCCCCCCAGCAAGAGGAAGAGGGACACGGACAACACUACUCCGUCUAAGAAGAAGAAGAGGGCAUCAAAAAGGCAGGAAAAGAUGCAGGCGGCCAAGGCUGCGGGGAGUGACAGUGAAGAGGCUGUAGUAGGAGAACAGAAAGAAGCUGCUGAGGAGGUGGUCCCCUCUGGAGCCUCACCUGCACGAGCUGCUCCCUCCAGAUUGGAACCCCGGUCACCUAAACCUUCCAAAUACAACUUUAACCUAGAGGAAGGCAAGUACCUGGAGGGAGAGAAGAGGAUCACAUUCCUUGUGGAGAAGAUUUCUGAGAUACGCAAAAUUUAUAUGUCAUUGAAGGCAGAGGUGGCCUGUAUAGACAGACGACGUAAACGGCACAAGCGAAAGGAGCGGGAGAGUGAGUCGGUGUGACUGUAGCAGAUGUGUAGUCACAGUCGAAGAGACAAGUCACCAUGACUGUGCUAGUCUAUAAUGCUCACGGAUGCACAGAUGGGCGGAAUUGUCAUCCAGACUGUGGUGAGUGUCCGUCCGUCUGUCUGGCUGUCCAGGACUACAGUGCUCUCUCUCUCUCUGUCUUCAAUACACUUGCCUUACUGCUGUUUAGCCAGAUGGUCUGGCUUCUCAUCAACCAUACAGUGCCAUUUUCUACAUGAUGGUGCAAAACAAUCACCAAUGCUUGUUGCUAUGGUAACGCAGUAUUCCAACCAAUCAUGAUGCAUUCAUCAAAGGGCACUUUGAUGUUAUAUUUCGUGGUGUGUAUAAUGCUGUCACACGGACCUCACUGUCACACAUGGACAUGUGACAUGGACCUCACUGUCACACAUGGCAUGUGACAUGGACUUCACUGUCACACAUGGACAUGUGAUGUGGACAUGUGACAUGGACCUCACUGUCACAUGUGACUUACGAUGUUGAUCAUGUUAGUAAUGCUCCCAGUUACUGGAUGCUGGGUUAAGCUAUGAUAUAAUGCUUUCUUUGUACAUUGCUGCCAUGAUACAAUGAACUUAAGAUUAUUUUGAAAAUGAUGUAGACAUAAAACUUUAUAUUAAAAGUGAUAUAUGAUAAUGUUAGAACAAAUUGUUAGGUAUAGAUUUUAUAUACCCUAUAUGUGACCCACAGACUUCUACAUGUAACUGAGGGUAUCACAGUCAACUGAGAGAUCUUGAUGCAAUGAAUUUUUGCAAAUGUUUGUAUUAUGGUUGGGGUUUUAUUUUUGCUCGUGUAUAAAUGACAAGCAAUGCAAAUUUUGAAAUGCAAGUCCAAUUUGUUGGUAGGACAAGCUGUGAACUUACACAUCUGUCUGGUAUUGUCACUAUAAUGAACAGCUGAGUGCAAGCAUUGUGUCUCAGAAACCCAAAUCUUGGGAGGUGAGGUGGAUCAAGAAUUAAGUGUUUCCACCCCAUAAUUCACAUCAGAGAAAUGAAUUUUCUGAUAAUAUGUUUAUCAUGGUGUGUUAUUUAUUUUCAUUGGCAUCCAUAUUCAAAUGAAUUACUUUUCUUAAGGCUGCCUUGCCAAGUCAUUAAAUUGAAUGAAAAGCUGAACAUCUUGACAGUUUUGAUGAAAAUAUUAUAAUAAUAUACAUGUGUGUAUGGAGAGUUAAUGGUGCCAAGCUGUUGAUGUAUGGGUAUUGAUGGUCGAAUGUUGCUUGACCUCUCUGUUGAAAAGACUAUAAUGUUGGUCAUUUUUUGUACAGUUUGCUCUUAAACCCCAAAUAUUAUGAAUUUUUAACUCAACGGAAGGCUUCCUUUUACAUUGAGUUGAUGCCAUGUUGUAGCAGUGGUGUGUUACAGAUUUCGUUAAUUGUACAGUUCAAGCAACUCUGAGGUGUGUAAAAAGCUUACUGGGUGGUGCACAGGCAAUGAUAUUACUGAAGCCAGCAGAGGUUUGGGGCACAUACCCCUGCCUUCACACUGAUCUAUACUACACUGUUGUCACUAUUUAUUCUUAGCCACAAAUAAACACAAAAACUCGACAAAUCGA